AGUUCAAAAUGGCGGAUUCUUUUGCUUGCAAAAAUAUAAAGAACUUGAGCAGCUAAAAAUGACUCCUGAAGUCAAAAAAACUUCGUACUCUUUACAUUUAAACCAUAUAUAUCUGCCCGUAUAGCUUAUAUCAUUUAAGAUAAUUGCUAAAAUGGAAAACAAUGGUAAAGAAUUCCAAGCAGAUUCUUCGAUAGUACAUCCCGUUCGUCAGGUGGCUCAGAAAGUAUUGGAUUUUUCCAGUCAGUACUCGUGUAACACGUCAUCUAGCUACUCUGCUUCUAAUCUUGCUGGACAAGCGAAAAGCUACCCGAAUUAUGGCGACUUUCAGACUUCAUUCGUUCUGAGGACAUAUGGUCCGUGGUGGACUUGUGCACCUUCGGCACCUCCCAAAAUUAAAGUCGUCUCGAAGGCAAAGAGUAGUUUCAUUAGUACUGACUUUGUUGAUCUAUUUUAUGAAGAACCUGUGUAUCCCAAGAAAAUUCAUAUUCUAGAGACAUACAACCCAGGAGCUGUAGUCAGGAUACUAGCACUAAAAGAGGAUAAUAACCAAGUAAAACCAAUCAUCAAUGCAAAUGGAGGCUGGGUUGAGUUAUGGUCUGGUAAACCUCAGAAAUGUCCACCUUUAUCAAGAUCAAUGUCACCUCCAUUAAAAAGGAUCGAAAAACCCACUCGUGUUAUACGUUUGGAAUUCAAUCACCAACAUCUUGAGUACUACACUGAACUCGAUGCGGUUGAACUUUUUGGCAAUGCUGUAACUACUGGCAACUUGAAAAUCUAUCAAUCAAAUGAUGUGUCAAAGUCCUGUGCUACAGAUGUUGCAACAAAUCUUAUAGAGAAGCUGUCAAUCACAGAUGUUGUGACGUCAUCUAAUAAUGGUUAUUUUGAUCUCCUUCCGAAUGAGGUGGUCCAUUUAGUUUUCAUGUAUCUUGGAUUUCAUGACUUGACCAGGGCAGCUGCCACAUGUAGGUUAUUUCUUCGCCACUGCUAUGAUCCUGUCUGGUAUAAGGAGCUGGACCUACAGCCAUAUUGGACUGUGAUGAAUGACGUUGCUCUCAGAGGAUUAUGCAGUAGAUGUACCAACACAGAAAAACUAAAUUUAUCUUGGUGUGGUCCGUACGGCGCUAUUACAGCCAAAGGAAUAAAUCAAUUUUUAGAGAAUUCUUGCAGGCAGCUGGUCUGUCUGCGUCUGUCAGCCUGUAAGUUUGUAGAUAAUAAUGUUUUACGUGGGAUUUCACAGUUUUGUCCAAAAUUGAAAGAGCUUGAUCUAUCUUCUUGUAUGAACGCGACUGAUGAGGGAUUUGUGAAUCUCAAGGCAUUAAAGAAACUAAAAAGAUUGAAUUUAUACCGUGUGAAUAUUACAGAUGACUCGUUAAUUCAUAUCUUAAGGUCUUCUAAUGAUCUUGAACACUUGAAUAUUGGUGCUUCCAUCCAGAUUGUCAGAUGUAAUGAAAUCAUUUACUGUCUGACGGCAAACUGCAGAAAUAUGGUUUCCCUUGAUUUCUGGAGGAACAAGUCAUUGACAUCUGAGGGUAUUUCUUGUCUUGCUCAGGGAUGUCCCUUACUCGAGGAGUUAGAAAUUGGAUGGUGCACUAGCAUUGUAUGUUCUACUGAAUGUAUUCAAAAAUUUGUCAAGGGUCAUUCACGACUAAAAAAGCUAUUUAUGGCUGCGAUACGUUCGAUGGACAGCCAGAUUAUUGAUGCGGUAGCAGAACACUGUCCUCAUAUGGAACAGUUAGAUAUUCUAGGAACAUCUUUAGUAGAUCAAGCCGUCAUCAAAAAGUUGACAGCCAACUGUACCAAGCUUAAGUUCCUCGACGUGUCAUUUUGUUCUCAACUAAAAACAGACUUUAUUCAAGAACUAAGGACCGCGUAUCCUAAGAUUUCUAUCAAGAAAAGUUUUGUGAGUGCUGACGCUUAACUCGAUCAAAAACUGUUGUUUUAUGCAUGCAUUACGUAAUUGAUUUGACUACAUACACUUCACCCAUCUACAUGCAUCAUUGUUCUUUCCGAUGUUGCGCGGGAAACUGGUAACUAGUUUGAUGCGCGCUGAAUCAUGCGCGACCGAUAAACAAAGAAAUGACACUCAAGGGAAUGACACGUGGUCUGAAAUGGGUAAACAUUACACCCAAGCUAAAGAGGUCUAUUGAGUGUGAAAGUUUGUUAAAGCAGGGUACUCUCUAGAGCAAACUCUAACGUACUAACUCUGGUUAAAGCAAUAUAUACGUACUCACAAGAUAGCCAACUGUUCACACAAUUGGAAUACUAGGACACGGCACGGUCACAACACGGCACGCACACCAUACAAAUAUGAUGUUCUUAAGCAAAGUUUUAUAAUAUUUAGAGCAAAAUUCAAAUGAACAGAAAAACACGAUAAUGUUGCAAUAUAAAGAAUUCGUUAUUUUAACAAAUUAAAAGGUAAGCUGGAAGCGAAUUUUCAGGAA